AUGUCCAUGUUCAAUUUAGGUGGUUUUACUCCGGCGAAUAACGCAGGAAAUGCAGCAACCCCUCAAUUUGGAUUUGGAACAUCGCUAGGAAGUUGGCCAUCAUCAUCAACAUCAUCGACCACAACUACUUUUGGUGCUCCUACUACUUCAUUAUCAUUUGGAGCUAAUCCUACAUUAGCAACAACUACAGCUAAACCAGGAUUUUCCCUUGGUAACAAUGCAGCCUCGAAUGUUCCAUUGAAUCUUUCUUUUGGCUCAACUGCAACUACAGCUGCUACAACUGCUUCUCCGUUUUCACUUGGAACUUCAGCAUUGAAUGCCAAACCUACAGCAACUCUUACUGGUACACAAUUGACAUUAGGAACAACUGCUAAUGUAACUACUUCUGCUGCUCCUGUUUCUCGUGGUCUUGGUGGUCUAGAUACAACUUCAAAUAUCAACCAAGCCCAAAAUAAAGCUGUACCUGCUCUUGAAAUGCCUGUACCUAAUGAAGUUUUACAAUUAGUCAAUAAUUUAAAAGAUUUUCUUAAGCAACAAAAAACAAUGAGCACUGAAUUGGCACGCAUGUCAUCUAAAGGUUCAAAUGAAGUCGCAGGCGAUAUAACAUUGUGUCAAAAAAAUUUACAGUUUAUAGAACAUAAUUUAGAUAAACAAAAAACAUCUGUUGAAAAGUUAAAAUAUGAAACUAAUAAGUGUUUACAAGAUUUCGAAAUUGCUCAACGUAAUCAUGACCAUCCAGCAAUGGUUCAAACAGAUAUGGAAUCUAAUAUCAAAUACUUUGCUGAGCUUAUCAAAUCAUUACAAGAGAAAGGAAACAUAUUAAAAAAUGAAAUUGAAAAUACUCAACAAUAUUUAGCAACAUUGCCUUAUAAUAACAAUGUCACAGUGGAUGAGUUGAGAAGAAUCGGGGAAAUGUAUUACAAGAAUGUAAUUGCAUUAGCUGGUCAUUUGCACGGUAUACACAAUAAAGUUCAAGUGUUAAAAGCAAGGCAUAUGUCUUUUCGAAGAGAAAUUUUAAAUGAUAGUACAAAUAUUUUUCAAUUGAAUCAAAAUCCAAGUUCAUCUAAUUUCUUUACAGCUCGUCCGGAUACUACUGGUCCUAAUCCAUUUUUAGGGUUAAAUAUAACAGCUUCAGCAGCACUUAACUUAGGAACAUUUGGAUUAGACCAGUCUGGUGUUCUUCAAAACUAA